CCGCAGUUUGUGACCUCAUUCGAGAGUACCACGACGUUUUUCCAUCGUCGUUCUCGUACGCCGGCAUCCCACCGAUGAGCGACGUCGAACACUCCAUGCAGUUUGUGCCCGACUAUCGUGUUCACCACCAGGCACCCUAUCGACUCUCGAUCCCCGAGGUCACCGAACUCAAGCGUCAGCUCGAGGAGCUCCUGAGACUGGGUUUCAUUAAACCCAACAACUCCCCAUGGGUUGCAGCCGUCCGAUUUGCUCGCAAAGCGGAUGGAACUCUCCGUCUCUUCAUCGACUAUCGCGGUCUCAACCGCUACACGGUUAAGAACAUCUACCCCAUGCCUCGUUCUGACGAGCUGUUCGACCGCCUAGAAGGCAACCGCUUCGUUACGAAGAUUGAUCUUCGUAGCGGUUACCAGCAGAUCCUCGUAGCUGCAGCGGACCAACCGAAGACAGCGUUCCGAUCACGCUUCGACCACUAUGAGUUUACGGUGAUGUCAUUCGGCCUCACCAACACACCUGUUACCUUCCAGAGGGCGAUGAACGACAUCUGGAGCAGUACGUUCUCGUCUAUCCCGACGAUAUCCUGGUCUACAGUCGUACCCUUGAGGAGCACCUCAGACACCUCCGCGACGUCCUUGACUGCUUGUGCAGACAUGACUUCUACGCCAAGCUGAGCAAGUGCCGCUUUGCUUAGCACAAUG